AAAGACUCCGUACCCAUGCAGAUCUGGCAGCACGUCGAUCCUAACGGUAAAUUGCACUAUUCUCUGGUACCAGCUGUUCAAGAUGUCGCUAAAUCCGAAGAAAACGCCGAAUCGUCUCUGUUAUCCGUGAAGAUCGAGAACGAGGAGCAACAGAACAAGGUGGACCACUACGUUGGAUCGUUGCUGCAUCUGUGCGAGGUCGCCAUCGACUUCUGCGCCUGCGACAAGUGCGGAAUGAAGUUUCCCAUGGCGAGCAUGCUGAACAGACACAAGAUGUCCCACAAUCUGAACUCCUGGCUGCGUAGAAAACGACUUGGUACUGGACAACAGUUGAAAGUGACUUCGGGAAGACUCAAUAGACAGGUGCAGUCGCAGAAAUCAUCGGAGAAACGGAAAUACUCUUGCACAUCCUGCGACUUCAGUUGUGGCAGAAGAUCCACGUUGACUGUUCACGUGAGAAAGAAACACAGAUUGUCUACGAUUAAAGAAGAUUCUAGAAGAAUCUCUUGUACAGUUUGUAACCAGAAGUUGGACAGUCAGUCGAGUUUGACGAGACACAUGGAGGAGCACAAGGAUAAAAAGGCGACCUGUUUUUCCUGCAACACUUGCAGCUUCGUCUGCAAAAGAAGCAGCACUCUAGUUUCUCACGUUACUCAGAAUCAUCAGAGGAGCAACAACGAAGACACUUACUCGAGAAAGAGGAGCAAGGUGACAAAAUGCAACAACGUUCCUCUGGAAAAAGACAAGUCGAAGGAGAGCUGUCUUCAGGAUCGAGAUAAGGACGCUUCUUCGUUCGUCUCCUGCACACCUACCGAGUUGGAAUGCAAGAGCGAGUCUUCGAUGACCACUCGAGCAGGAAGAAAGCACAGCAAGAAGCCUGUAGAGGAGCAGUGCAAUUUCUGCGACUUCAAAUGCUCGAAGAAGAGCACCUUGUACUCGCACAAAAGACAGCACAAGAACACGGACACGAGCGAGGUGUACUCUUGCAACGAAUGUACCUUCAAGACGAAUAAAAAGUCGUCUCUGUACUCUCACAUAAAGAGGAAACACAAAGUGCCUAAGUCUUGCACGCCGGAUGGCCAGCCGCAGUUGUUCUACUGCAGCCAGUGCGAGUACAAGAACAAGAACAAGUAUGAGUUAAAGGUGCACGUAGCCAGGAAGCACACGGACGAUUUUAAAUUCUCCUGCGAGACUUGUGGGAAGAAGUUCAAGGUGAAAGGUGAUCUCACCAAUCACAUACGCUUCAGCCACAAGGAGCAGCCGGUUAUCUGCGACGUUUGCGGAAAGACGUGCCUGAACAGCAACUCUCUGUACGUUCAUCAGAAGUUCGCUCACUACAAGGCGAAGUACGAGUGUCAGGUAUGUAAAAGACGAAUGGUCACUCAGGAGAACCUGAACGAGCACAUGAUCAGGCAGCACGAGAAGAGGGAGAACGUGGUUUGCGAGGAAUGCGGUAAAACUUUCUCGAGGAACAGCAGGCUGAAGGUUCACAUGAGAAUUCACACAGGUGACAAACCGUACACCUGUACGAUCUGCAACAAAUCUUUCGCGCGUCGAACCGCUUUGAAGCAGCAUUUGCUGAUUCACACCGGAAUCAGGCCUUACGUGUGCGACAUCUGCGGGAAAGCGUUCACGCAGAAACCGGGAUUGAUCAGUCACAGGAAGUCUCAUCCUGGCUCGCAUCCUCCGCUGCCGAGAGUGUUGAUCGAUCACAUAUUGAACGACGUGAUGAACAAUUGA